AUGCGGAAACGGCUCCAAGCACUCCUUGGGCCGACCGAGGCGGCACAGCUAGUCCUUGGCACAUUCCACGCGACAUGUGCAAGAUACCUCCGGCGGUACGGUGCUCUCAUCGGUUUAGACAAUAACUUUGCCAUCGCCGACGCCGACGACUGCAAGAAGAUAAUGGCGAGAUUACUGAAGGAGAGGAAGGACGAGUUGGUGGCUGUACGGAUGAGCCUCAAGGAGGGCGUGGUGCUCAGCGAGAUCUCCAAGGCCAAGGCUAAGGGCGAGACGCCCGACGGCAUGGCGGUCCGCGCUGCCCAGGACAACGUUGAGACGAGCACGCUCACAGUCAUCGCGGAGCUGUAUGGCGAGUACGAGGCCGCACUACGGGAAGCCGGUUCUCUCGACUUUGAUGACCUCCUUCUCUUCGGCCUACGGCUGUUUCGCGAGCAGCCUGGUAUCCUCGAGUCUUGCACCCAUAUCCUCGUGGACGAGUUUCAAUACGAGCUCAUGAAGUGCUUCGCCAAGGCCCACGGUGGCGUCAGUGUCGUUGGCGACCCAGAUCAAUCAAUCUAUGGGUGGCGUUCUGCUGAAAUCGAGAACCUCAGCAAGAUGACUAAGGACUUUAAGGACGUCGAGGCCAUCUAUCUCGAGGAGAACUACCGUUCAACUGGUGCUAUCCUCGACGCCUCUCAUUCUAUCGUCUCGCAAGACAAGGCUCGAAUCGCCAAGAGCUUGUACACAUCUCAUCCGAAGAGUACCGCUGUCACUCUCAAGAUGUUGGCCACGCCUGUCGUCGAGGCGAGUUUUAUUGCGACAGAGAUCAAGCGGCUGGUGGCGUUCUCUGGUGGCGUACUCAACUACGACGACUUUGCCAUUCUACUUCGCUAUAAUGCCCUCUCUCGUGUUCUCGAAUCUGCUUUGCAGAAGGAAGGGAUCCCGAACCGCAUCAUCGGCGGCCACAAGUUCUUCGAGCGCAUGGAGAUCAAGGAUCUGCUUGCCUACCUCCAGCUCGCGGACAAUCCUAACUUCACACCUGCCUUCAUGCGAGUCGUCAAUACCCCGCGACGUGGUAUGGGAGACAAAUCUGUCGCGGAUCUCGUCGCCGCGGCGAGGAAGAAGCGCGUCCCGCCCAUGGCUUUGUGUGAGGACAUCAUCGACGGCGAGAAGCUCCCUGCUGGCAUCAAACCCUCGAUGAAGAAGAACCUCGCUUCGUUCGUCGGUGUAGUGCGCAAACUUCGGCGAGCGGCUCUGAAGGGAACACCCGUCGACGACCUCAUUCGCAUCGCCAUCGAGAAGCUGCUGUAUGAGGAGUACCUCCGAUCUUCCCAGCAGGACUUCGACCAACGAUGGGAGAACGUCCAAGAAUUAAUCAACUACAGUGUCAUCGUGUCGGAGGAAUUCGACAAGCAAGGGGAGGCGGAGGACGGAGUAGCGCAAGCGGAAGGCUUCGUCUCCGCGAAAAAAAUGCCACUCGUUGGCGACGCAACGUCUUUGUCGCUAGACGCUGCGGCCUCAUUACAUCCCAUGUUUCGUGAUGGAGAGCGCUCGUCAAGGAGUCGCUCAACCUCUCUCGUACCCAAGAACAACCAACGAAGGUCGGGCCGAGCGCGAGUCAAGGUUGAGGACGACAUCAUUGAGGUUCUGUCAAGUGAUGAGGAUCUCGACGAGCCCAGUCCGCAACCAACUAGGGCGACGGUCGUGGACGGCGACACCAUGACGCCAUUGCGAUUCUUCCUUCAGAAAUCAAUGUUGUCAACGGACACAGAGGCGAAUGAGGAGGACGAGAAGGUCCCCAGAGUCACCAUCUCCACGGUUCAUGCCGCGAAGGGCCUUGAAUGGCCUGUUGUCUUCAUCCCAGCUGUCGAGCAGGACACUUUCCCGUCUUACCGCUGCAUUGAGGAGCAUGAGAUUGCCGAGGAGCGGCGUCUGCUCUAUGUCGCCAUGACCCGUGCCCAACUCUUCCUCACCUUGACUCGCUCGCAAUACCGCAUGGCCGGCGGCGAGGACAAGGAGCGCCAGCUAAGCGAGUUCGUUGCUGCGUCCAUCCGCGACGACCCACACGUCUUCACCAGUACUCUCCCCGAAGUCGAUGGCGAUAUCAGGAAGCAGAUAGGCCAGAUGCUCGGGCGCGCGGCUCCCGACGAAGAGACGACCAAGGAGAUGAUCAUGAAGCAUGUCCGAGCGGCUCCGCCAUUGAGUACAUGGGACGUGCCGGCACCAGGCAAGAAGGGAUACGGGAUGUACGGAUCCCGAAGGGAAACAGGCGUGGGUCGCGCCUCCGACUACUGGAAAUCAGACGCGGACGACUAUGCCCUCCCCCCGAUGGGGAGCGAAGCGUCUGGCGGCCGCGUCUCGUUUUUCUCGAGCGCGAAGAGCAUGGCCCAGUGGCAAGCACCUGCGGCGCCCAAGCCACCUGUGCAGCGACUCGAGUCGUCCAACAAGAACCUCCCUUCUGGGCCGUUACCGUUUAGCUUUGGCGGCCAGCAUACUGCGCGCCCCGACGCGACACUCAGCUCGUUCGCGUCCGCUGGGAGCUCGUCAUUAGCAGCAAUGAAGGCGCUUGGGUUACCCGACGACUCACCAAUUGGAACUACGCCUGGGUCUGGAGAGUCAAGUGUCCCGCUCGCGCGUGGGACGAAACGGCUUGGCAUGGGACGCCCUGCACCCUGGGGAUCAAAGAAGGCGAAGCAGUAG